UCGUCGUGCUCCCCUCACUAGGUGAGUUAAGUAUGUGCAGUAAUGUCUUUUUUAAGGUAAUAAAAUGGAUACUGAAAGUGAAAUAGUACCAAGUGGUAGUAAUGUGAAUACCCCUAGACGUCUUAGAAGUUUGUUUGGAAAAGAGACAGGCCACCGAUCCACAUUGUAUAGAAGAACUAAGAGAUUGAAAUCGGAGUUGCUCGGUGACGUAGCCAAGAUGAUACUUCCCGGUUUCAGAGUCGAGGCUGGUGAAUGUCUAGUAGAUGAAACUUCUUGUAGCGUCGUUAACGUGCAAAAUGACAUGCAAACCACUUUACCAAGAGUCUACUAUCCUUAUCCGAAGACAAUUCUACAACCGGCACACAGCAUCUACAGCAGACGCAAUUCCAACAGUUAACGUUCCCUUGGAUUAUAUAAAUAAUUUGUAGCAGAAGACUUUAUAUCCAAGUUGAGUCGGGAAUACAAACUUAUGGAGUUCCAACAUUGGACGUCGAUGAUCGCUGAUAAAUGAAUGAAUUCAUCAAAGCAUUCAAGUAGCCGUUUAAAAAGAAGGUGAUGGAAGCACUUUGGAUUAAUCACAUACAGCCUAAACUGUGUGUACAAAAAUCAAUAGACUUCAAUCUUCGCCUACCCUGGACUACAUGACCUAUCUAAAUAUGAUUGGUCAUAAGU